AUGAAUAAUGAAUUAAAUAAACGUCUAUUAAAUUCAAGUCCACUGGCUGAAUUAGAAUUUUGGCAUGAACGAUCUAUUCGAAUAACAUUAAUUUUAGAACAAAUGAAAAAAGAUGAUGUCAUAAAAAUUAUUCAUGUUUUAAAAGGUAUUGAUAGUCCUUCAUUAUCAGGAUUUAAUAAUAUAAAAUUACAACUUCAAAAUUAUCUAUUAGAAGCAACAGAUAAUUAUUAA